AAUGAAUUGUUACAAAAUUUGUUUUAUAAGUUCUAAUGUUUAUGUAUUAAGCAAUUGAAUAAGUACCUGUACAAGAUGGGUGGUUGCCGUUGUACCUAUAGAAACUGUAAGAUAAAGUCGGAUGGGAAGACUCAUAUGUUUCACUUCCCUGUGUUUGACAAGGUGAGAUGUCACCAAUGGCUAGUAAAUGCUCAAAGACUGGAUUUCCUUGAUCUUAAAGUAUCACAGUUAAAAAACAGAUGUGUAUGCCAACACCACUUUAAGGAAGAGAGUUUUAUGAACUUUAAGAAAGACAAGCUUACUUUUGAAGCAGUACCAACAAUAAAUGGUCCUUUUUGUGAUCCUAGUAAAGAGGGAUUACGAGAGCCAAAAACAUAUACUAAUCCUAUACUUUUAGAAGAUAUAGAAAAUGAUUUUGAUAUUAAUGACAAAAAAUCAAACUUUUCAUUAAAAUAUGCAGAUUUCUUGACUAACAGUGAAUUUGUGGACUCAAGUGCAAGAUAUAAUAGAAAUAAUAUUAGUCAAAUAAAAGACAACACUGGAACAAAUUUAAAAUCUUCAAAUGUUACAGACAAAGAUAACACAUCACUUGAACUACAUAAUACAAGAUUGCAGUUACCAACAAAAAAGAUAAGAAAAGUAGUACCACAGCAAAUGAUGGCAGUUCCUCUUUAUUCAGAUUUUAGCAAUGAACUUAAAAUGGGAAAAGAAUUAAAUUUAGAACAAAACUUAACAGAUUUGCAACCAAAUGUAAACCUUCAAGACAAAAAUUCUAAGUCAAAAUUAAUCAAUGUUAGUUCCUCUGCACAAUCAGUGGAUAUAGCACCCAAAUCCAAUCAAGAUUUAAGUAAUGAACCUAAAAUGGGCAUUGAGUUAAAUUUAGAACAAAAUUUAACUGACCCACUUUCAAAUUUAAACCUUGAAGACAAAAAUUGUCAGCAAGAAUGUAAUAUACCUGUUAUUACGCCAAUACAAUCAGUAGAAUCAGUUGAUGCAACUUCCAAAUCUAAACAAGUUUUUCCCACUAAAAGACCUAAAGUAAAAAUUUUGUCUGAAAAGAGAAUUAAAGACCCUAUAAAUAUUGGGCAUAUAGCAGGUAAAUUUGAGAUGAUAUCACCAUCUCGCCCUUUAAGUUGGCGAGAUAAAAGAAACAUUUUACCAAAGGCCCAAGAGCCAGAAAUCAUACCAGAAACAUUGACAAUAGAGUCUGACAUUAAACCAUCUGAAAAACUUAAAGUAUUGGAAGUUCUAGAUGUACAGUUUGACCCUAUAAUUGCGAAAGCCGAUCCGGUUCAACAAGAUCAAAAUAAAGCAAUUACAGGUAAAAUAGAAAUUAAUACACCACAAUCACCACCAAAAAAAAAAUCAACACCAACAAAAAAUAAAGUCACACCAGAGAGAAGUGCUGUCAUUGAGAAAAAAAGAAAGUUUAAUAUGAAGUUAAAAGACAUUAUAGAAUCCUGUCUUGACAAGCUAGAUGAUCCACUAAAGAAUUAUGAAGUUUCGCCCAGUCUUAUAAAUGACUUUAAAAAGCCACCAGUCAAUAGUGUAAAGGACGACACUGAAGCAUUAGUAAAGCGUAAAACAAAGCAGCAGGCAGAAAAAGCUGUUGUUUCCCAUCUUGCAGAAAAUAAAAGUUUGCCGAGUGUUCAAGAAUAUACAAUUGCUUAUUUAGAGGAGAGAAUGAAAAAAAUGGAAAGUACUUUGCUAAACAAAAUAGCACAAAACUCACAAGAAAUUAUUGAUUUCAAAAAUGCAAUAACAAAAGACUCUUCCCAAGUUGUAAAGAAAUGUAAAGAGCAAUGUAAUAAAAGAAAAGCUUCCACACAAACAAAUGAAAAUGAAAGUAGCUAUAAAAAGUUCCUCUAUCAGGAGAUUUCCAAGUAUUUAAGUCCAGGUUCCAACAGCAUAAUUUAUGAAGAACUGUUCAUGAAUAAAUUUUCGUGUGACAAGGUCCUUCAGAGAAAAACACACCCUUCAAAGGAGAGUCCUUCAAAAAAGAAGCGAAGAAGAUGUAUCUGAUUUUUCCAAUGUUAGUGUUAGAUGUAAGUGUAAUGUAAAGACAAAAAAUUGUUACUUUUUAGUUUAAUGGAUUUAUUAACGUUUAAAAUUAUCUUUUACAUUAAUUUUUUAUUAAUUGCUUUAAAAUUAUUAAAAGACAAAUAUUAUUAAACAAGGAACAAAA